CCUUCUCAGACGGACCCGAGUUUUCAUCUAUCAGUCAUCUUAUAUAGGGUCCCACAUUCAUCAUAGGUUUUACGUUAAAGGGGAUUCUGAAGUCAGCAUUGCGAAUAUGUCAACCAUUUGUGUCGUGGCACAAAUCUUUCUCUGCCUUAACAUCGUAAAGCUGCACUUAGUGAACUCCUCAGAGCUGAACGGAGAUGCAGCCGCCACAGAACCGUCAUUUCCCAACCCUGAACGGGACAUGAUGAUAAUUAAUAUGUACAGAGUUUAUGAAAAAUACUCCAAGCAUUAUCAACAACAACAACAGAGUGUGAAUACUGUCCGAAGCUUCAGAGCCGUCCCAGAGCUCUCCCACCAUAGGGUUUUGUUUCACUUCAACCUGACCUCUAUCCCUAAUUCGGAAGUGAUCUUGACUUCAACACUUCACUUUCUUGACCAGCAACCCCAUCAACGACCAUGGCACUGCAGACAUUCCCGGGGAGCCUCAUGUCGCAUUCAGCACCUGCAGCCACUUACCUUGGCACAACUUAUUGUUAAGGGCACAUCACCAAAUGCUGCCAUGCCUUCUCAGCUGUGCAAUAUCACAAUGUCCUCUAACAGAAAGGGGCUAUGGCAGAUUACUGAUGUAUCAUUAGCCAUCAAACAAGCCCAAGCUCAGGGUGAGCUCUCGAUUACUGUUGAGUUUGACUUUGGGGACAGGCACCAGAGACGCCAGGAUCACUUGCCUCCUCACAGAUUGCCAUUUAUUCUUGUUUACACAAAGGACAUUGUCAUAACAGAACCAAACAGUGUUGCAACAAGCCUGCAAAGAUACAGUCCAUCUCUUAUGGGUGAGGGGAAAGGGACCGAUCCUCCCUCAGCUUCCUUAAGUUCUAGAAUCAGAAGGGAAGUUGAUCACUUGCAGAACAACUACUUACCUGAUGUCCACUACAAUGAUCUUAAGAACAGGGAGUUAUGGGACAGCACCUUUUUUGCAAAAAAGCCCAAACUCUUGCCAAAUGGUCAGGAGAAUCAUGAGAGGUUGAGAGCAUCCCAGGAGCUCAGCUUCGAUGAGAAGACUAUGAAAAAAGCUAGACGCAAGCAGUGGAGUGAGCCACGAAUUUGUAUGCGACGUUACCUGAGGGUGGACUUUGCUGACAUCGGCUGGAGUGAAUGGAUAUUAGCUCCAAAAGCAUUUGAUGCGUACUACUGUGCUGGAACCUGUGCAUUCCCAAUUCCAAAGGUUGUUCAUCCUUCAAAUCAUGCAACCAUACAGAGUAUAGUGAGAGCCGUGGGAAUUGUCCCUGGAGUUCCGGAACCAUGCUGCGUUCCUGACAAGAUGAGCCCUCUGGCUGUGCUGUUCCUUGACACAAGCAGGAACAUUGUACUGAAGGUCUUCCCCAGCAUGUCUGUGGAGACCUGUGCCUGUCUAUAAGCUAAUAAGGACAUAAAUAAAUAAACAUCAGACCUGCAAAACACAAUGAACCCAGCCCAAGGAUAUGGUGAACUGUUGAAUCUUUCCGUUUGACAAAUCCUGAACUUUUUAAUAUCUGCAAAAAAGACUUCAACACCUCAAAACUGUUAUGAUAUAAGAUAUUUGCUCACAAACAUUCUAUCCUACUUCCAUUAUUUUUCUUUAAAUGAAUUGUAUAUAAUCGUUAUUGUAACAGAUAGUAAGCCAAACUGUUUUCUUUUUAAAUUAAUACAUUGAAAAGAACGUAAUGAUUGAAAUAGAUUUCUGUAUUGAAAUCCUUGUUAUUUGACUGCAUAGAGGGUCAUUUGUUUGUUAGGCGUGUUAGCUAAAAGCUUGCUUUGGAACUUACGAGUGCAAUUGUGCGCUGCAGACUCUUGCAUGUAAAAUUUAAACUAAGAAGACAAGUUUUGUUCCUUUGUGAGGAGAUGGGCAAUGAGAGGAACUUUCAGCAUACUGCUGCCAUCUAGUGCCUGGUGACUUUUAUGGCUUUGUAUUCAAAUAUUCAUUAAAUGUUUUUUUGUUUUUUUUUAACGUUGUGGAGCCCCAGUACCUUUGAACAGAGGAAUUGAUUAGUCAUAGCUAGAGAUUAUGUUAUUUGUCUUUUUUUUCAAACUGAAUUACUUUUGUUUAUUACUUUUGUUAUGCAAAAGAUUUUUUUCAACCACUGUUGUCUAUAAAAACAAAUUGUUCUGCGAAAUCGUGUGUGUGUCACACACCUAAAGACCUAAUGAGUUGUAUUAGAAACUAGGAAUUUUUGCAGUGA